UAUUGUCAACUUCUAUUUAUGACAGAAUAGUUACAAAUCAUUUUUUGGAUUGAGAUAACAUGGAUAAAGUCUUAUCAUGUUGCUUUGUGUUGACUAGUGUUUACUUGUCGUCUUAUUUUCCAGUUUUCUCGAAAGCUAAAACUCAUACUUGUAAAAAAGCGAAAUUAUUCAAAAACAACACUGUUUUGUCACCCUUCGUUUCUGUAAAGUGUUGUGGUGAAGUUAUUGAAAGAAAGCCCUAUUUUUUUCUUAUCGACGAGAAUAGCCAACACUAUCAGACUCUUAAAAAUUAUUCACCCGUUGAAGUUGCUAGAAUAAAAGACCAUUUAGAGUGGGAGGCAGCCUUGAAGAUAUGGAAAACUGUAAUUGACUCAGAGCCUGAGCUGGAAUCUUUAUCUUUGACCAUCCCGGAUGAAUUAGAUUUUGCAAGCUGUACAAUUUGUUUAAUAGGUCGAAAAAAUAAACAAGUAGUUGCUGCUGGACGAUAUAUUUUCCGAGGCAGCAACGUUGAAAUUGAUAGAGUGGCUGUUUUGCCAGAGUUUCGAGGUCAAGGAAUAGGAAGAACCUUAAUACAGUCAAUUCUUAGUAGUAAUUUAUCAAACCAAGGCGCUAUCUACGUCAAAGCGUUUCCUCAUGAGAUGGGAUUUUAUUCCAUUUUAGGUUUUGAAUGUCAAUCCUAUCCUGAACGUUGGAGAGGUUUCAUGAGAUACAAGAUGAUAUACAUGCCUCCGAUAUGUAACUAUUCUUCCAAUUGUGUGGGUCUUCAUCAUAUAAGUAUUUAUGUGACUGAUAUAGAAGAAUCUUUAGCAUUUUAUGGUAUUCUUGGCUUUAUUCUUAUCGAAAAAUUUAUUACCAAGGAACAUUAUCGGGCAUGUUUCUUACAAGGAAUGGGUAUUCGUUUAGAGUUGAUUGAAGAUAUCGGUUUAUCCUCGAAGAAGAGGAAUGAAUUGACAGCAUUGAAUCCUUGUACUUUAGUUUUCGACGUUACUAAAGCCUGUGUAGAUCUUGAGUCUUAUCUAUUAGAUAUACGACGUCGAAAUGGUGGAAUAUUAUAUAUUAGAGUCUUUCCUGGACAACAGGUUAUUGGUGGUGAAGUAGUUGAAAUGGCUAUUAUAGAAGACCCUGAUAGGAUUCCUUUGGAGUUUAUAAGGAGACAGACAAAGUUGCCUAGAGAAGGAUCUUUUAGAAUGCAUUGGUAAAAUGAAGUUGUAAAUAAUUGUUUUAUAUUCUCUUUUUGUUGGGGAGGAUUGGUGUGGUUCAUUGUAUUAGGGAAUAAACUUUUUGUAUUUCUAUGUCUGCAAAUGC